CCGAUCCAUGUCACUUCUACAUGCAAUCCCCCUUCCCCCGAUUGUCCUAUUCCUUUUGAUUCGGCCUCGCGCUCCGUAUCGAGGUCCAUUUGCCGUUGAUCUCGCAGGCACAUGUCUCCUGUGACUCUCUGACCUGCCGGCGCUGCUGCUCGCCGUCCCUCUUUAUUGAGCCGACCACAUAUCCGUAUCUUCCCCAAGAUAACGACUUGAUUUACCUGUCCAUCACCAACCAACACGCCAUCACUGAUAAAAUACACGCACUCCCUAAUCGCCGUGUCAUCUGCAGAGGGAUUCUGCAAUCUUCCUCGAGGCUUUCGCCUUCCCUUCCAUCUCCCUUGCUGUCCGUCAAUUGCCUACAAUGAGCACCUACUUGUGGUACACGUUCAGCUGGAGUUCUUUGAGAAAGAGCUUUGCACCGUGGUAGUACUUUGUCCCAACCAAAUUGCCUGAAAUACAGCCUCGAGCAUACUAUUUUUCGUGGACAAAGGAAAUACUGAAACGGUUGCCAUCACCCUCCCACAGAGGGAGGGGAGUACAUUCCCUACUUGGCCGCUCCCUGCGGAUACAUACAUGAUCGCUGACAGAAGAAUAUACAUUUCGGUGUGAGGAAAGUUCCUUUGUCGAAAUACUACGGAGUACAACACCAACAACACACUUUCUAUCACGGCCUCGAUGUUUGGCUCAAACGCGUCGCCGCUUCCUCCACCUCUCGCCCACGAGCAUCGCCCUCUCCGGUUGACGUCUGAGUCCGUCCGCCCGCUACCAACUGGCGGGUGCCGAUACAUCUUGCUCCACCCAUCGGCUCAGAACCAACCAUGCUCUUGUCAAUCCUUUCAUCACAAUCGAAACGCCCCUGGAAAUAUAUGUGAAUGCGGUCAUCAAGCCUGCUAUCAUGUCCACGAAAGACACGCCACGGAAACUUAUGCUAUCCUUGAAAAAUUUGGAGAAAAAGUCAGACGCUUGGAGGAAACCAUCCAGAAUGAACGAACAAACCGGGAGAAUGCGUUGACGAGGGAACGCCAGAUGUGGGAAAGGGAAAUUCGUAUCUUGCGUGAGGCACUGGCGCCCUUCUAUCAAAGCGAGAAGGAGAUGCGCAGAAAGACAGCUGACCUCGAGGACCGAGUGGAAGGUACUUACGACGAACAAGUCCGACUUCAAGGUCGUGUUGUCGCCAUCGACGAUGCUACCUUGUCGAUUGCGAAACGCGUGGAGGAAUUAGAAGGUCUCCGAUCAAAGAGAAGACGAGUGGCUCGCAUCAGUGGUCCAGAAGAACAAUCCCCAGCAGCAAGUGAACAUGCUUCGCCUGAUACUAUUGCAACCAGACGAGUCUCAUCUGGCAUCGAUGAACGAUCCGUCCACACCCCUUCUUCACGCGCCUUGUCACCUAGUGGUGCUACAUCGGGCUCUACUGAAGCAGAAGAACCUCGUUCCAGUGGAAUUCUCAAUCUCGUGGAAAUACCACGAUCUGCACCCUUUAAUAUCAAUGGACGUCUGUCACCGCCAAACGAUGAACCAAGAUCAAGCGGCUUCUUGAACCUUGAUCUUGCUGAAAGACUGCAUCAAAAGACAGUCUCGGAUCCAACACAGACUGUUUUUCAGCAUCAUGUUGCUGCUCGGAUCACACCUCCACAAGAUCGACCUAGUCCACCCGGUUAUGCAGAGUCUAACCCCGAGCUCAUCAGGCCUGUGCUCCUUCCGCCGGACAACACAGCAAAGAAGAUCCCUCUGAUUGAUGUCAUGGUGUUGCCUGUCAACACAUCUCCCCGAAAGAGAAAGCAUCAUCUCGAUCAUAUCGCCUUGGAUGUGUUGGCCGAUGUGAGCAUGGCCAGUCCACUCAUUCACUGAUGUCCGGCUUACUCAUGUUUUGGUCUACUUUCUGCCCUCUACCAUUAUGAUAUGAUAGCCAUGGCUAGUUUUCACCUCGGCAACUGUCCGAGCGAUAAAUUAGUGACGCCAGGUAACGGUCGUUUUAAGUGUUUGGACGGCGAACAGGACGACGGAUUUCUUGUUAUCUUCCCAGAGAGUAAAUGUGUUGGGCCGCUCCUUUUUGGCAAAAACCAGGCUUUUUCUUUGUACACUGGUAGAUAUCCCACAACGGACAUUCUUUUGUACGGGACAAUGAUAAGGAACUUACACUUUGGAUUGGCUGUGGUGCUGGGCUCAAGCUCGUAAGCGACCUUUUCGAAAUCACCAUGUAAACUGAUCCAGUCAACAUCACGAUGUCAAGGAUCAGCAAUGGAAACCAACUCACCUGCCGCGAGGUUUCCAGCCUAAAGCACCACCUGGUCUCGGAUAAGAGAUGCAAGUCAGCCUUUGGGGGCGGCUUUACCGGGGGCCGGUGAGGCGAUGAGAUAGCCUCCCUACCUUGUCGAGCUUUGUCUUCUGAAAAUUCCCUCGCCACGUCAUCGAAUUUUGCACCCGCUCG